UCCUCUUCGUCCUGUGACACCAAAGCCCCCACGAUGCGACUGCUACCACCGCUGCUGCUGCCCCUGCUGUGGGCAGGGUCCCUGGCUCAGGAUUCUCAGUACCAACUGAAAGUACCACCUCUGGUGGAGGUGCAGGAAGGCCUGUGUGUCCUCGUGCCCUGCAGAGUUUCCUACCCCGGACACUGCAGGACUGUGUGUGACUCCCCAGCGUAUGGCUACUGGUUCCGGGAAAAGGCCAGUAUAAACCAGGAUGCUCCAGUGGCCACAAACGAACAAAGUCGAGAAGUGCAGGAGGGGAGUCGGGGCCGAUUCCUCCUCUCUGGAGAUCCCCAGACUUGCAACUGCUCCCUGGACAUCAGAGACGCGCAGAGGGGGGACGCAGGCGCGUACUUCUUCAGGGUGGAGAGAGGGCCUGAGGUGCGAUACAGUUUCACAGAGAACCUGCUCUCUGUGCGUGUGACGGAUCUGACCCAGACUCCUGACGUCCACAUCUGGGGGACCCUUGAGUCUGGCCGGCCCCAGAACAUAACCUGUGCAGUGCCCUGGGCCUGUAAGAGGGGGACGCCCCCCACCUUCUCCUGGAUCGGGGUGGCCCUCAGCUCUCUGGUCCCCCAGACACCCCUCUCCUCGGUGCUCACCCUCACCCCCGGGCCUCAGCACCACGGCACCAACCUCACCUGUCGCGUGACUCUCCCUGGAUCUGGUGUGACCACGGAGAGGACCAUCCAGCUCAAUGUGUCCUAUGCACCAGAGAACCUGACCAUCCGCGUGUUCCGGAGUAAUGGCACAGGAUCUGAAGCCCUGCACAACGGUUCAACGUUUUGGGUGCAAGACGGCCAGUCCCUGUCCCUGGUCUGUUUUGCUGUCAGCAACCCCCCUGCCAAGCUGACCUGGGCCCGGGGGAACCUGAUCCUGACGCCCUCACAGCCUUCGAACCCUGGAGUCCUGGAGCUGCCCCAGGUGGAACUAGGGGAUCAUGGGAAAUACACCUGCCAAGCUCAGCACCCACUGGGAACUCAGAAGGCCUCCGUGAGCCUCCUGGCGAAGAAACCCCCACAGCUGCUGGGCCCCUCGUGCUCCUGGGAGGCCCAGGGGCUGCGCUGCAGCUGCUCCUCCAGAGCCUGCCCGGCCCCCUCCCUGCACUGGCGGCUCGGGGAGCAGCUGCUGGAGGGGAACAGCAGCGACGCCUCCUUCACCGUCACCUACAGCUCCGCAGGGCCCUGGGCCAACGGCUGCUCGGACCUCAGGGUGAUGACUGGGAAAGGGAGAAGUGAGCCUGGUCCUAGAAGACAUCGCAAGAGAAAGGAGUCUGUCCCGGGGCAAAGGGGGACUGGAGUUUGGGAUCCUAUGUCCCUGGACUGGGGAGAGGCUUCAGGAAGAGGAGGCAAAGGGCUGAGUCCAGGGUGGGGGUGGGCACCCUCGCGGGCCAUGGAUUUCAGGAGCCUGGAUGCUCAGGUACUUGUGGGGGAACCCCAAAUCACUCCUGUCUCCCUCUCGUCUGCAGAGAAACCAGGAUCCAGGACAGGCGUGGUUCUGGGGGCUGUCGGGGGAGCUGGCGUCAUGGCCCUGGUCGCUGUCUGUCUCUGUCUCACCUUCCUUACAGUGAAGAGCUACAGCCAGAAAUCGGCAACAAAAGCAGGGAGUGGGGAUGGCGCCCGGCCUGUGAUGAGAACCAUCUCCCAGGGCCACCUGAAUGCAUCCUGCUCAGACAGCCCCUCAGACCACCUGCCCCCUGCCACUGCCACCCCCAUCUCAGGGCAGGGACAGGGACAGGAGCAGGAGCUCCACUACGCCUCCCUCAGCUUCCACAGGCUGAAGGCCGAGGACUCUCAGGACCGGGAGGCCAUCGACAGCACUGAGUACUCUGCAAUCAAGGUCCGCAAGUGACAAGCCCCAUCCCUGAGCCCCAGUUCUGGCUGGAGCCCAGACGAGGCAUCUGUGAGGCAAAUGUAGAUAAAGAAUGGAUUCUUAAAAAGUUGACAGCCCCUCUGGGCCAAGUUUCUAAAUGGAUACCUGGGAUUUCUUGAAGUGGUUGCAGGUAACCGAGAUUUGGGGUUCAAGUCCAGAUUCAGCUACUUAUUAAGACUGUUACCGCUAGCAUGCAGUUUACCGCUCUGCUCCUUAGUUUCCUACUUCAUAAACUGAGGCUUGUA